AUGUGUGUGAGUUUAAGACUGUGAGCGUAAAUGAUCGGAAAUUUCAGGGGGCUUGCUGCGUCUUAUUUUCUAACUUACUGUAUAUACGUUUUUUGGAUUUUGGGUGUAUAUUCACAGAGAUGGAACAGUACGUUCUGCUGAAAUAUGUUGAAAUGUACACAAAAAAUAAGGAAAUCCUCACAUGCAAAAACUCUUUGUCGAUUGUUUAUUCCUUGGCCGACGGUACAAAUGUAAAACGAAACAAUGGCUGAGCGUUGAGGCAGUGUUGUUAAUGUAUGUACGCCCUUUAGGCUCCAAAUCUCACAGUAUUAAAUUUCAAAUGAAACAGUAACGUAAAAUUCCCACAAUUAUUUGGGUUAUAAAUUUAAAGUAAAAUGAGUGCACAGUUAAUGAAACGGAGUCUGUUCAGUACAGCUAACAAAGAGAAGUCAGCUGAGAGUCUGACAAAACGGGAACAGUGGGUACAGAAAUCAGUGGAUGAGAUAAUGGUUCGCGUUCGGCGCGCUGAAGGUCGUCUAGCAUCCAUCGAAAGUGAACUCCACGUGCUGGAUGAGCGCAUGAAAGCAGCCAGCGACAUCCUCGGAUCGCCAAAAAAGAAGAAGCGUUCAAGUUCUGGAAGUGUCAGUAGCAGCACUGGAUCAAAGAAAAAAAUCAACAAAGGCAACAGAAAAAUUACACCAAUCAAGCUGCCAAAAAUAAGAGAGUCUGAAGAGGUGAAGAAGCUAAUUAAAUUAAAUGAAAAUUACCGCCGAGACUCCCCUGUGCCCUGGAAUCGACUAACAAUGAAUGAUUUAGUUUCCUUGAAUAAAUCAUUAAAAAUGCAAGGCUCUGCAGCAUCUGGGAAAACAAUCAGACCCAAUCUUACACAGACUGGAGGCAAUAAAAUGAAGAUUUUGUCCAAGGUAAAUGAUCCAGCCCAUUUGAUUAAAAAUGAUUCAAAGGUAAAAGGCUCCAACACAGCAAAGAAAGCCAGCAAAAUUAUACCAAAAGGGACACCAAAUAAUAGAGGACGUACUAUGGAAAUGUUUGAUCCCAAAACAGGACGGAGAUAUUUAAAUCCAGUACGAAAUAUGUGGUGUAUGCAUGUCUAUGAAAAAUCUACCAUUAAAAAUCUCAUUGAGGGACGAAAUGAUGUACUGUGCCCACAUCCAGGUUGCACAAAUAAAAUGCCUGUAAGUAUUCUGGAUUUAAUUGCUGUUGAGAAGAAACCUAUAAGAGCAUCAGUUACAGCUUCAGUUAAGAAAACUAUUCCAAUGAAAGCAUAAAAGACCAUGGAAAAUUCAAGUGACUGGGCACCUAUUCAAGCACUGAUGAAAAAACAAUUAGUUUGAUAUUGCUUCAUGUUAUACUAAAAUAUUAGUUAUUUUAGUAGAUGUUAAAGCCUCCAAAGGAUUAAAUUAUAAAAGAAAAAACUAACUACUCUUUUAUAGUUAUAAAUAAAUUUUAAAAAAAUC